AUGAGCUGUGUUAUCAAUCAAAGCCUCGAUGGAGGCAAAGUCUGCCUGGGACCAGGAUACCUUUGCUCGGGGGGGACUUUCGUCGAGGGUCCCGGGUCCAAACCCGUCUGUAAGUAUGACGCAAGCCCCGCAAGCUUCAUUCUUUUCAUGUUUUUGAUCUCCAUCAUCAUUAUCUUCGAAAAGAUCAAGAACAUGAUCCAUCACGCUGUUCCAAAGGCGUACAUGCCUGUUAUUCAUGCCAUCUUUGCGGAGCUGUCGACCUUGGGCUUCGUCUCCCUCAUCGCCUUCCUGCUCAACUUCUCCAUCAGCAGCGAGAAGUCUCUCAUGGACAAGGUCGGGUACUCCAUCAGCCUCGGCCAUGAGCUGCACAACAUGUUCGAGCACAUGCACUGGCUGCUCUUCGGCGUUACAGCCACCUUCCUGUGCCUUUCGCUCUUCCUCCUCCGGGUGAACCUCUCCCAGCUGAGGCGGUACGAGAGCUGGUCGGAUCAGAUCGAGGAGGGGGUCGACGUGCUGCACCUCUCGCCCAAUGUCGGGCAGCACGAGCCGAGGCUUGGGUGGAUGCGUUGGACGAGCAGGAGAGACGAGAUGGAGGUGUUCCUGCGGGUGUUCUCGAGGUUUGUGGACGUGGAGGCAGUGCUGUCCAACAGCGAGGUCGAGAUCCCCAAGGACUUCAACCUCGGGCUCUACUUGAUGAAGCGAAGCUCCGCUAUUAUAUCCGCUAUCAUUCAGAUCUCCCCCCUCGACUGGCUCGUCCUCCUCCUCCUCUCCUUCGUCGCGUGGAUCGCCUGGUAUGUCAAUGCCGGCGAGAGCACAACGGAUGGAGGAUACGUGUGCUUCUGGAUCUACGAUAUCCUCCUCCUCCUCCUCGCCCUCGCUGUCGAUUACAAGCUCCACACCAUCAUGCUCGCCCUGGUGCCUGUGGAUCCGAACAAUGAAGGGAGAGGAAAAGAUGGAAUGGCCGCAAAGAGGCAGAAUGGGUGUGGUGGGCAGGAAUUUAGGGAUCAAAAUGGGGAGAGGAAAGAGGAGGAGCAGAGCAAGGAGACGAGACGAGACGGGGAGAGUGCAGCAGACAAGCUUGAGGUCUCGUCCUCAACGCAGGAGAUCUCUCUCUUUACCUCUCAAUUUGACGGAGCGCUGAUGAAAUCUCAUCGAGCGGUGGAGGUUCAGAACCAGGACGUGCAAGGCUGUGCAGCUCGAGCGGAAGGGCAAGAGGGAAGGGAAGGGAAUGGGGAGGUGAACAAAGAUGCAGCUGUCCAAGGAAACGGAGCCCAAAGUUCUGAGAUGGUUGAGAAGAAGGGUGAGAUCACCGAAUGUGAUCUAGACGAUGAGAUUCAGAUCGCCAUCGAAGUCACAGGACAAUUUUGUGAUCAUGUUGUGCGAAUGUCAUUCCCUUCUCUCUUCGAGGGAACAAAGCUUGCCUCCUCCAACCGGCUGCUGAGCUUCAGCCUCCGCCACGUCUUGUCGAACCCGGACGAUGACAAAGUUAUCUUCGACGAGGAGUUCAGCCACCGGCAGCACGCCAGAUUUGUUCCGAGGUACUUGUUGCAGGCAGAUAGCAACAGUCUCAAGGAGAGGAGCGAAUGGAGGAGGAGGAUAGGAGGCAGGGUGAUCAAUCACCACCAAGAGCUCUUCUGGUUCGACAAGAACGGUCCUGGCUUCCUCCUCCGCAUCAUCCGUCACCUCCUCCUCGCCUCGGUCGUCAUGAUUGCUCUCUCCCUCGAGCUCUUCCGAGAGAAAACUCUCUGCCUCCAUCUCUCCAGGUCCUCGGAGCGACGGGCGUCAGGGUCCUAUCAGACUUGCCCGACGACAGUGACGGGGGUCUUCCUCCUCAUCCUCUCCCUCCUCCCUCCGGUCUUCACGACUCUCCUCCUCACCAACAUCAUCCGCAACUUUGUGACAGCUACUUCCGUGGAGUAUCUCAAGUCUCGGGAGUGCAUCGUGGACGUGAUUCAUGAGCAGCAGCACCGGAGAACUCUCCGACUGUUUCGCCUCCUUAUCUCCAUCGCCUCUGUCAUCGAUCAAGUUCGUCUUGCGAGGCCUCGUGUUGCUCCGUCUACCGAGAAGACCAUCGGAGGUCGGAGAAGUCUUGACGGUGCACGGAACGAGAAGAGAAAUCUCGACUUUGUUCUCGGAACAUCGAGACCUUCUAGCCGAACAAGAGGGUGUGUUGAAGAGAUAUUCGUGAUGAUGAAGUUCAUGAUGGUGGUUGGAAUGGUGGAGGUGGUGGUGGUGGUGGUUGUGGGUGGAGGUGGUGGCGAUGAUGAUGAUGAUGAUUGCAGCAACAUCGACAAGGACCAAGAUGCUAGAAAUUCAUUUGAGAUGGAAACGUUCCAGGAAAGCAAAGCAAGAAACUCUCUGGAUUCCAAGCGACCGACUGAAAGAGCAAGAAACUCUCUGGAUUCCAAGCGACCGACUGAAAGAUCGCGCUUUAGCUUCGAGACGCUUGUCAGGAGAAGUCUGGAUGUGGCAAGAGGGAGCUUGGAGAGGAAUCCGAGGAGGAGCAACAAGAUCCCAGAGCAUGUCCUGAAGCACUUGAAGGAGAUCUUCGACGAGGCAGAUCGAGACGCUGCCCUCAACCCCCCGCGUGACUUGUUCUUGUUCACCUGUCAGACGAUGAGGCUCUUCGAGAUGAUCGACAUGCGGGGAGAUGGCAAGAUCUCCUUCCAGGAGUUCUCAGAGGUCAUGGCGAAGAGGAGCAUGAGAUCUACUCCGGAUGAGAUCGCAAACAAAAUCUGGACAGUCUUUGAUCCCAGCGGGAAGGGGAAGGUGACGCCAGAGACAGCAGUGGAGGCUCUCCUCAAGAUCAAGCCUCAAUUCGAUGUGACCCAGGUCUUCUACCUACUGUGGACCAUCGACAUUCAACGGAAGCACCACGUGACCAAGAUGGAGUUCGUGCUGUUCGUCAAGAGACUGUUUGAGGAGCGAUCGUUCGCAUUUCAAUUCACUUAG